GAGAUGAAGCCUGGGAAAUCAUCACAUCCAAAGAAUUUACUUGGAGUAAAAGAUCACUGACUUCUACAAUGGAAAAGUCAUGGAUGCUUUGGACCUUUGUUAAAAGAUGGCUGCUUGCUUUGGCUUCCUGGUCUUGGAGUCUCUGCCGCAUUUGUCUUCUACCCUUGAUAGUAACUUUUCACUUGUACGGAGGCAUUAUACUACUUAUAUUAAUAUUUGUAUCGAUAGCGGGUAUAUUAUACAAAUUCCAGGAUGUGCUGCUUUACUUUCCUGAACAGCCCUCCUCAUCACGCCUUUAUGUUCCUAUGCCUACUGGUAUACCACAUGAAAAUAUCUUCAUCAAAACCAAAGAUGGAGUUCUUCUCAAUCUUAUCCUGCUGAGAUACACGGGGGACAAUGCAGCGUAUUCUCCGACCAUCAUUUACUUUCAUGGGAACGCAGGAAACAUUGGCCACAGGUUGCCAAAUGCUUUGUUAAUGCUCGUAAACCUGAAAGUGAACUUAAUUCUUGUCGAUUAUAGAGGGUAUGGAAAAAGUGAAGGAGAAGCAAGCGAAGAAGGUUUGUACUUAGAUUCUGAGGCUGUAUUAGACUAUGUGAUGACUCGAUCCGAUCUUGAUAAAACGAAAAUUUUUCUUUUUGGCCGUUCCUUGGGGGGAGCAGUAGCUAUUCACUUAGCUUCUGAAAAUUCCCAUAGGAUUUCUGCCAUUGUGGUGGAGAACACCUUUCUUAGCAUCCCAUACAUGGCCAGCACUUUGUUUUCUUUCUUUCCAAUGAGAUAUCUUCCUUUAUGGUGCUACAAAAACAAAUUUCUGUCCUACAGAAAAAUCUCUCAGUGCAGAAUGCCUUCUCUCUUCAUCUCUGGGUUGUCUGACCAGUUAAUUCCACCAGUUAUGAUGAAGCAACUUUAUGAAUUAUCCCCAGCUCGGACUAAGAGAUUGGCGAUAUUUCCCGAUGGAACUCAUAAUGACACUUGGCAGUGCCAGGGUUAUUUCACUGCACUUGAACAGUUCAUCAAAGAAGUAAUAAAGAGUCACUCCCCUGAAGAAAUGGCGAAAACAUCAUCUAACGUAACAAUAAUAUAAUUGAUAUUCUUUUUCGGGGUGGGAGUUCUGCACUGUACCUUGAUUUGUGAAAAGUGGUAAAAGAAUGUCCAUUUUUUAAAUGUACGUCGUGUCUGUACUUGCCUAAAGACUGAAAUUAAACUUGGAAAGGUCUGAUGCUUUAUUAAGAUGUUCCAGAUCACUUUUACAUUUGCAGCAUUGUAAAUGAACCAUUUUAUGUCUUUCUCAUACUUUUUUGGUAUCUCUGUCCAUAUAUUCCAUUUGUUUGAUAUGUAUAACGGAUGCUAUUAAAGGAACUUGAUACAAAAGUAGUACAGAAUGUAUUAGUUUAGAACAAUGGGAAGCUCUUCAGUAUUCACAGCUGUAUGUGUGAGCUUUUUGGACAGUCAUG